AAUUUUCGGGGAAGAAGGAGCUGAUGCGUAGCCUCCGGCUCAACGAAAGACUACAAAUUCGGCAUGAACCAGAAGCGAAACGGUUUUUGUUGUCUCACCAAAUUGAUAAAAAACCUGUUUCGUGAUCGAUUUCCCUUCGAGAACUAUCCUGUAAAAUUUUUCCCACGUCUAAUUUCCCGAAAUAACAAUGGACACUUCUGCUCAACGUCCCGUGUCGCAAAAAAGCUCUAAAAACCCAGACGAAUUCGUUGUCGUUCCAGUCCUUGCAGAGAGCUACAGGCUGGUACAAGAUUUUCCUCUUAGAAACGGCGACUCUUCUGCCUCCUCUGCAAAGGGAACGACAAAACCAGAGGUAUUCUUGAAGGUUCACCAUUUUAAUUCAUGCAUCAUCCUCCCUGUAAGAAGAUGAAGAUCGCGCAAACUACAUCAAAAGGCACUUUUCAACAUUUUCAGAUCGCGCGAUCAAACAUUAACAAGGUACUACUGAACGACCGCAAGGGCGGAAACGAGCCGGACCAAAAGAUGUUGUCCGCGUGCGAGAACGACGGUAGGACGAGCAAGGAGGUGGCCGCCAGAACGACGUCCACCAAGCACUCCACCACCAGCAGAUCAGCUGCUGACGAGGCUACGACUCUUCUGGACGGACGAGAUAAAGACAUUGAAAAUCAUCUCGUCCACGACCCUACCACAAGACAAGCUACGAGGACCGCAACCAUUUCGUGGUGGACGCGGAACAAAGCGAGCAAAGGCGCGUUUCUCCUUGCGGCCGUUCUCGUUAUCGUCUUCCUAAUCGCCGCCUACGUCGCGAUCGCAUACUUUUCCGAAUUGAAAAAUCAGCCGAAAAAAAUAUUACACACACAUCAAGAAAUACUAGAGACAACCCGCCGUCCUGGGACGGAACAGACUGCUGAAGCGGUUUUCAACGUGGAGGGGGCUGUGCGUUUUGAACAAGAUCAUUCCUCGUCUUCACCAGAAGAACGGACUGCAACCUCCGUAGGAUCCAGGACGGACCGCGAAGCUUCUGGCUCCACGAUCGAACAAGAGAAGCCGAAGCGGGAAGAACUGCUGAAAGUGCUGAGACUCAACGCUGACGGUAGCGCCACAAGUACUGCCGUUAGCGAAGCUACGACUCAACAUCUACCUUCGGACACUUAUCAUCCCUUCCUUGACGCCGACGGGGAUGAAGAAGUUGUCACAGAAGACGACUCGGCCUCCGCCGCGGCCGACGAGAAAGACGACCUCGCUUCCCGUCAAGAAGGGCCACACGAGGCCGUUGCUUACCCUGACGAGAUCACGCAGUUCCCCUCACUGGAAGCGACAUCGUCCUCUCCGCAAAGUCCGGCGCCGCUUGAAGCUCCUGACGAGGGAGUGAAGCGAAAAAUUACGGGUCUCAGCAAUUUGGCCACUUCCAGCUCUCUUCACCAGCCGGUGCCGGAACUGCUGGACCGGACGUGGUCGCUGCUUCCCGCACGGAUUCAGAGCGAAAACGCCGGAGCUCUUGCUACCGGUGACGAGGACCGCCCACGGGCUCGCCACGAAAACUCAGCGUCGCUUUCGACCAACACUGACAAAUCAAAGCUCCUCGACACCCACGAUGUCAAGAUCACCCAACAUGAAGCGGGGCUUUCGCAGAUCCCGGGCGCGGGCGAUUUUAACGACUUCUUUUGGAAGACCGAGUGGCCUGCUACGUUGGGAGACAAGGAGGUGGAUGUUGGCGGGAGUGAAUCCUCUGCACAAGCAGGCACGGAUGAAGUAGACAUGACGUUGCCGAAGGACGCGCAUUCUUCUGCCUACUUUUCCGUGAAACCCGCAAGGGAGCUGCGGUGCUUGUGCCCGAACUGGAACACUUUAGCCGAGCAAACACGGAAACGCGAAGUGCCGCGCUCGAACGUGUUCGUCAUAUCGCCGCAGGUUCCGGCGGUGAUCUCGAAGGAGGAUGCGCAAGCGAUGUUUCCGGGGCUCUUGUCUGAUGCGGGCAACAGUAGAGAAGCUGCGGGCGGAGAUGAGAGUGGCUCGACAAACAGCGACUGCGGACUCUCACCCGGCAUACAGCACUUCAGCCACGAAGCAGCGUGGCGAGCGGUUGAGUUGGUUUCUUCGUUUCUGGAGUCCGAAAAGCUCUUGCAGGACAAAAGCAUCACGUUGCUCGACGCCUUCGAGGACCUGAACUCUUGGUCAUCGCGGGCAGAUCUCUUUCGCACUGCAGUCGUUUAUUUGUGUGGAGGCGUGUACAUCGACGGAAAAACAGCGGCCGCCAGAAACGGACAGGCUGACGCGAUCGCAGCAGGUCAUAAGCUAGAGCAGCUGGCGGUCCUCGAUACGCUUUUCUCUAACGACACGAUGGCACAAGACCCGGCAGAUGUUAGUCGGACACAUUCCGCUAUUGUGCUCGCAACCGGCGACUUGGGGAUCUGCUUGGAUCCCGGCUGGAACAUGGGCAGCACGAAAGGGAAGCUACAGAAUGCGUUCUUUGCUGCGCCCCCGCAAGCUUCUGCACUCCUGUACAUCCUACAGCAGCAGAUCCGUAAUGUGCAAAGUCAUUCGCGUGGGCAUGCAGAGGAUCGUGGCAAGCGAGACAUAGAUGCCGUUGGCCCGGGCGCCUUUGUAGACGCACUUCUUCAGCACGAGUGCUUUCGGCGCACUUUCUUGCCCAGGUGCGUGGCCGAUGGUACGGGACAUUUUCCAGACACGGCUACUUCAGAGUUGCGGGAUAUUAAUGCGGAAUGGGCUUUUGUGAAGUUGGACCAAGACUGGCUACGAGGAAAAAUGAUUCUAUCACCAUGAAAAGUGCCUCUCCUAUCCCAGAAAGUAAUGAGGAAUCGCGUGCGGCGAUGCAAGGUUCGUCAGUGGGCGCACUAUUUUUUAUGAGCGUGGUGACUGAUGACUUGUUCGCGAUCCAGGGGGACAGUGAAACUCUCUGUUCUACGGUGUCACAGUAUAGUAAAAGCGACAGCUGCCAUCGUAGGAAAGCUGCGUGUUGGUUCUGGUCGCUUGUCAUGUUCAUGCACUGCAGUCUAUUUGAAGUUUUGGUUUUCAUCUUGACAUGUUCUUGCAAUACCAACUCUGCAGCUUUGCCUUUCUAGGAGUGGGGAACUUGUUUUUUACUUUCAUAUUCCCCCUUUGCGGUUGAAAGACGUGACGAUGCUGAAACUUCAGGGAAAUCAGGCUCCAGUCGGGGGAAGACCGCAGAUGCAGCGUGUCAAUCGGACCAGCAACUCGCGGAAGAUUUGAUGUCGAUCGACUUUGAUGAUUUUUCCCAAGAAGCCUACGACAAGAAAUACCGCGAAAGCUUACUGGGCGAAUUCUUUGAUAGAGCAUGGCAUACGAAAGCGAAUCCCUAUUCUGAUAACCGCUUAGAUCUCGAACGCGGUACCCUUAUCACCUGGGAUGGCGAAGAACACGCACAAACGCACCAGCACUCCGCGAACCGAAAGUCCAGUUGGGAUACGGAAAGUUGUGGCGACGGCGGGUAUCAGGAGUUAUUUCAGAAAAAGAACUUCUACUGCAGCAAUCUGGCGGAUCCGGUCUGUUCGCUUGCUUGCAGCGACAAGCACGAGUACCUGGAAACGAGCGGCACGACUGGGUCCGACGGCGCACAUAAAGCAGAAGCAGUGCCUGCGCAGAUGGCCUUCUCCGGGGGCUUAUCCACCUACGCGGGCCAGUUACAUCAAGCGGAGAAAAGAAAAGCCGGAGACCGCCGGACAAGGACAGAGAGCAGCGGAACUACCUACAUGUUUCACCACUGCCCGUCUAUUCUCGACCCGAGGAACGGUUGGGGAAUCGUAAGAACGGUGAAGCGCUGCCUUGAAGCUCUACUUGAUGCGGUGGACAAAAACCGUAUUUCGAAGCCCAAGACGAUUUUCAUUUUCGAAGACGACGCUGUGUGGCUCCCAAACUACCGGGCAGACGGUUCCUAUUUCCGAGGACAAGAGCGCCCAACAUCCGCAUCGGUCGAGACAAAAAUGCUGGACACGACGAGCUUAAAAGAAGCGGCUCGCGCAAUUUCGGAUGCCUGGCCAAAGGACACCGCCUUGGUCCUUCUGGCCGCCCAACAGCAUGCUCGCGCCCCGCCGGUGCCAAGCGUGCUCGCGCUGGACUCGCCACGAGGCCUCACCGGCUACAAGCUUGCGCAAAUCGAUUUGGCAGACGGCGCCUAUGCCUGGGCGAUAAGGUUUGACGACAUUUCUUCGUUCGUGGAGGAGGACUUGGGCGCUGAGCUGGAGCACGUCGGGGAAAGUCUGGCGAUGGACCAUGGUUGGUUCAGUUGGGCGAAAAAGUCUGGACGCGUGGUUCGCGUCACGUGCCCACUUUUGGCUGGACAUCGGGAAGCGUUCUCGCUGACGCACAACAACACACAAGGAGCAUUGCUAAGUCGUGAUUGCCCCCAAGAGCUGCUCAUGCAGCCACGACGUGCUUCUUUCUUGGAGUCCGCAGACGAUCUGGAUCUGUCGUUGCACUCUGAAGUUGUUAGUGGAAGUGAUGAAGAUCAACAAGAACACGACGCAGAACAAGUUCUACUUGACGACGUUGACGAGGAUAAAAGCAAGACUAGUUUAGCCGAACCUGGCCGCGACGAAAAGAUGAAAGUGAAGAACCUGCAUAAGAACCGCGGAGGACGUGCUUCCUCGACCGAAACGCUUCGCGAACGCACGAGUUCAGCAUCGUCUCCGCGGAGAAUAAAAAGUGAGAAUUUGCUCGUGCCCUUUGACAAAUGGGCCAGUACUUCUUCAUCUUCUGCAGAGCCUCCCCACGGAAACGAUCCAUCAGGCGCCAACCCGACGGACCGCGGUGAUGACGUUCUGUUCAUGGUGGUUGGGUUUGCCGAAAGCGACGCGAAUGCUCCAGAAGACUCGAAGCAUAAGCUAGAAACUUUUUUAAUGUCCAAUGACUUUGCGAAUGGCAGUGCUGAAAAAGAGCAACCUGGUACCACGGCGGGGACGAGAGAUGACGCAGCUUCCGGUGCCGGCGACGACCGGACUGCGCGAAGACAUGUUGAUGUUGGAGUAAAUGAAUCCUUCGCAACACAGUCGGGGACGGACGAAGUAGACAUGACGGAACCGGAGCAAAAGCAUUCUUCUGCCCUCUUUUCCGUAAAACCCGCAUACUUGGAAACGAGCGGGACGACGGGAAUGGUUCAGGAAGAAAAACAACCAACUUCGUUUACCACCGUGCUAACUACAGAAGACAAGCGGGACGGUAUGCAGAUGCACGUGCUCAUUCUUUCCGCACGGGAAAACUUUGCGAAAAGACAAGUGAUACGCGAGACAUGGCUGAAGGCAAACUGGACAAGGAGCGAAGCAAACAACACCAGCAGGAGUCGUAGACCCUGGGCGCACUUCAUUGUUGGCGCACAGGGCUGCGAAAUCCCCCUCGCCGAGCGAAUCGCUGGGGACUUGGCCGUCGGAGGCUACUGCACGCUGCGCGAAGAUCAUGAUAGUAAUCUCGAAAAUGGAGUCAGUACUGCAGAGCAAGAAGCGUGGCUCCUGCAGCGUGAAAAGGAACAACACCUUACUGCAGCACUUCAGCAGGAGGAGAGCAAGUAUCGCGACAUGGUUCUCUUGCCGAUGGUAGACGUGUACCAUAACAUCACGAUGAAAAUGAAGCUUGCCUUUCAGUGGGUCACGUCCCAGGACUUCUCCGACAAACUGGAGUGGAUUAUUAAGGUGGAUGACGACGCGUACAUGCGACGUUUUUCGUUACUGCGUUUCCUUUUUCCGCAUAAAGAUGACCAAGUUCCGACGAAAGGGCUCGACCCCAAAUCGGAAAAGAUUCUUCUCGGACUUGUCCAUCGGCGAGGAGCAGUGCAGCACGAUCCAACGACGUCAAAGAAUGUAGAGAAGGACUACCCCCACAACCAUUAUCCUCCUUUUGUGAGUGGGGCAGCUGGAGAAGUUUUCUCUCGGACGCUUGUGGACUAUGUUGUUCACCAUGAAGCCGAGCUGUUCAACUACGCAGGCGAAGACUAUGCCUUUGGCAUUUGGGCGGAAGAACAAAUGAUCCCUGGCGUGCGCGUCGUUCCAACCGUACAAAAAUUUUCCAACGGAACAGAGCGGCAGCGCUGGUUUAAAUACGGCAAUAACUGCUGCGAGGACCCGGAGGUAGUGAUUGGUGGCGACCUGACGGCUGAGCAGAUCCGGGCCUGCGCUGAAAAUGACGCAAGGCGGCCUAGUCUACUAAUAGAUAGUGGCAGCAAUCAAUGCUGCCACUAAAGAUCUUCCUUAACAACUUCAGGAAUGCAACGCCAAUUAACAAACAGCUAGAAGUCGAGUGUAUGUUGUUUAUUUUGUCGAUCAUAUUCAUUUUGUUCCUGUUCGUUCCAGUGGCACCGGCACCAUCGGCACCACUUUCGUUUCCACUGUAGAAAGAUAGAUUUGGAUUGUCCAUCAGUCUCUCUCAUUGUCUGUUUCUGAAAGAACACCGCCAGCUUCAUACUGUACGAUAUGUUUUACAUUCAUAUAAUUGUAACAAAUUGGACGAGAGGAUUAUUGAAACGUUCGGUGAUGAUUAGCUAUAGCUGCAUAGUGCGGCUUGGUCACGACAACAGCUCCUGAGCAAGUAAAUCAAUACACUUCUUUUAUUUAUCUAGCGCCUUCGCUUGCUUCUUUCUCUAU